AGUGAGUUGCGACACAAGUGAGAAAAAUUGUCAAUAAAUGCAGUAAAUAAAAAUAAAAAUAAAACGCCGUAAAAAAAUAAUAAUAUUAUUGCAGUUGUUGUUCCGCUUCGUAUCUACGAAAAAUCAGCUGACCUCUCUCGCUCGAGAGAAUAAUAAUAAAGUGACUUUAGCUUUCCAAUACACAGGACGAGACGCGCUGUUGAACUUUAUUUGUAUUUCAAUUGAAAAUCGAGAAUCGACCAUUUUUGUUUUGUUUUUUCCGUCCAACUUUUUUCAAUAAACGAUAUAGUAGCAGCUAUUUGCUUUUUUUUUUUGGUCCGCGUUGGUUGUACGGUUUUUAUUCUUUUUGAAAAGCAUUCCCAAAUUGUUCAGACAACAGUGUAAGUACAUACUCCACUCGACCACCAUGUACGACAACCCGGGGACGCUCAGAGACCUGUGCAUCGACUAUGUGUGCGACAACAUCGAAAAACUCUACAUGGCCGAACAGAUUAGCGUGACCGACUCUCAGCCGUCCGAAUUGGAAUACAUGUUUAUCGACAGUAACGUGUAUCUGCCGAUGGAAAUAUCCGAGGUCCUAUUGACCAAACUCAGCGAACGCAAUAAACUCAACGACGAGACGUUGUCUCUGUUCAGCCAUAAAAACGUUUAUCUAAGGAACGUCGUUUUACCAAAAACCAAAAAUUUGACCACUAAAGGCUUGAGGACGUUGAAAAAGCAUAAAAUCAAAAAGCUUAAAGCGCGUGGAUUAAAGUGUACCGUCAAUGAGCUGGUCGGUUCAUUGGGCGAAUGGACGACACAUAAUUUGGAAAUGCUUUGUGUGUCCAACAGUUCGUUUCUUAGUGAUUCAUAUGAAAUGAAAUUUUGUGUCACCGUAUCGUUAUCGAAAUUAAAAAAUUUGCGCUCUUUGGACGUGAGCAACACGGAAUUCAGUACAAACAAUUUGAUAGCCGUGGUCGAAGAUCUCCCACACUUGGAGUCGUUGGAUAUUUCCAACACCAAAGUGGACACACUAUUGCCGUUGGGAAAGAGAAAAAAUCAACUAAAAAAAUUAAGCGUUUACAACUUGAAGGAAGCUACAAUGCAUCUUAUUGCUUUUAGCCCGCUAAAAUGUAUGACAUCGUUGACACAUUUGGACUUGUCCAGCGAAAAAUAUUCUAAUCCCUUCGAACCGUUCACUUGUGACACGCCUUGGAUUCAAUUUCUUACCGAUCCCGAUUGGUUACCCAAUUUAGUUUCACUAGACAUUUCAGGAAGUAACAACGUCGGACCUAAAAUUAUGCAAGACUUUCUCGCUACUCACCAAAAGUUACGAUUUUUAGGAUUAAUGCACAUGGACGACUGCGGGUUGGCCAUGUUCACGAUGCCUACUCAUCCGUUUUACAAUUCAGACUUAGUGGUCACCGGCGUCGUUACGCAAGAACAAUUGUUGGCGGGUUUGAGACGCUACACGAAGAGACAGACUUACAUACAAAAGUGUUUAUAUCACUUGUUCAAAUGGACAGAAAAAUACGACUCUCCUAAAGUGGAAAUAAUCGAAUUGAUUUUAAACGCAAUGAACAGUUUGUACGAUCAUUUUUCCGUCCAAAUGGCAGCUACCGCUUGUUUGUAUAAUUUGACAAAAAGCGAUCUAGCUUCAAAAAUACAUCCCAGUGUUUUGGCAAAAGUCGUAGAAGCCACUUUGGACGCUAUGGAACGCUUUCCGAAUCAUAAUCAGUUACAAAAAAAUACUUUGUUAACAUUAUGUAGCGAUCGCAUAUUACAGGAUGUGAAAAUGGAUAAAUUCAGAUGUGCAAAGUUGGUGUUGGACUCGUUGCAUACGUUCAACGAUGUCGUCAUGAACCGCAUGAGUGUCGCUAUAUGCAGUAUACUCGCCGCAAAGAUAUCGACGUCCGAAACGUCCCAGUUGGGAUCCAACCCAAGAUAUAUGUCUAAACUAUUGUUGAUAGUGCGUGAAAAAUUGUCCACCAAAACUGUAGACGUGACCAUGAAAUUCACAUUAAGCGCACUAUGGAAUUUGACUGAUGAAUCACCGACAACGUGCAAAGUAUUCAUCAACGAAGGUGGCUUGCAACUGUAUAUGGAAAUAUUAAAUACAUUUAUCGAUGACAGUACCGUAGAAACAAAAGUACUCGGCUUAGUAAAUAACAUUGCCGAAGUGCCACACUUGCGACCUAAUCUAUUUAGUAACGAUAUUAUUCCCACAUUAAGACGUUUGCUCAUGUCUCAACAAAUCGAUGUAAGCUACUUUGCGGCCGGAAUCAUUGCACAUUUAGCUUGUGAAGACGGUUGGGAGACGUACAGUAUGAACGGUAAAACCAGAGUGUUGGAAGAACUCCGAUUUGCUGUAAAGCAAUGGGUACCGCCCGAAGGUGAAAUGGUCGCUUAUAGGUCGUUUCAACCUUUUAUCGGUCUGCUCAACUCCAACGACAUGCCGCAAGUCCAACUGUGGGCCGCGUGGGCUAUACUCCACGUCUGCACUAAAAACGGCAAGAAAUACUGUGCGAUGUUGGAAAAAGAAAAUGGAAUUGUGAUACUUCAAAACAUAGCGUGUAACAAGUCUGUCGACGCCGAGGUGUGCGAGUUGUGCUACCGAAUAUUACAAUUGAUGUUUGAAUACAGGAACGUGACUAAUCCGGUUGUACACGUCGUAAACGCGGUUUACUAGUAUAUGUAAUACAUACAGUCUUCUUAUUUCUUUAAACUCGAGUUAAACUAUUAUUUUUCUACUAAACUUAAUUUAAUUUUGUAAGCCAAAAUGUUAAAAAUCUACGUAAUAUUGGUUUCCAGUAUCGUUUGUUUAUUCUUGUAAAUAUUGUAUAUUAAAAAACAAUUAAAAUAAUUAUGUCGACCGUUGAUGAGAUUCAAAAUAGUUUUUAACUUUUAAGUGUAUUUUAUGUUUUUAGUUUUAGAAUGUAUUAUUAUUAAACUUAUUUAUUACUCAUCAAAUAUACCUAUUCGACAAUAUUGUUAUUUUUAAUAAAAUAUUUCCGUGUUUCUAAAAAGUUAUUUUAGAAAUUAGACU